AUGCAAAACAGCGAGGAUCAAAAGUUUAGAAUCCGAAGAUUAGAGAUUACAGAUAAGAAAAAAGGAUUCAUAGAGUUACUGCAACAGCUUACAGUUUGCGAUUCAGUUUCUGAUAAGGAUUUUGAGCAUCGAUUUCGGGAGGUUGAUUCACUUGGAGAUGAUCAUGUUAUCGGCGUUAUUGAAGAUGAGGUUACCGGUAAGAUUAUUGCGACGGGGUGUGUGUUUAUUGAGAAGAAAUUUAUAAGAAGUUGUGGUAAAGUUGGGCAUAUUGAAGAUGUUGUUGUUGAUUCGAGUGCUCGUGGGAAGCAAUUGGGGAAGAAAGUGGUUGAGUUUCUCACCGAUCAUGCUCGUUCUGUUGGGUGCUAUAAGGUUAUUCUUGAUUGCACCGUGAAGAAUACGGUGUUCUAUGAGAAAUGUGGUUUUAAGCAGAAGGAUGUUCAAAUGGCUAUGUAUUUUGGCUGA